AUCCGCGCUGAUGAAGUAGAGUCAUGAAGUCAAGAGAAAGGAGCUUUUAAUGUCUCCCACGCCGACGGGACGAUGGAGAAAAGGGGAAGCAUGAUUGAGGUUUCUGGGGUGCCAGAUGUUUUACCAGCUGACAGGACAGCUGAUAAACUGCAGAUUUAUUUCCUCACAGCCAAACAUGGAGGGGGAGAGGUGCUGAAGGUGCUGUACCCCUGUUAUCUGCCGGGACAGGCUUUCAUCACGUUUGAGGAGCCAGAGGUUGCUGCUCGAGUCGUGCGAAAGGACUCCCAUGUGUUAGAGGUGAAUGGUCAAAAAUAUCGUCUAACAGUGAAAGCACCUGAGCAUCUUGAGAUGGAUUUACCAGUGGAGGCAACAGUACAUUUGAAUAUUUUCCACAAUAAGGCAAAGGUACGAGAAAUCCUCAGGUCAAAUGGCUUUGCGGUGACAGAGCUGAGCAGCAAUCAGGUGCGUGUCAAGGGGUCGUUUCUGAAACUUAAGACUGUGAAGGCGUCUUUGGAGCAGCUUCAACAAUCACAAACUAAGACAGGCAGCACGCCAGUCCCAAGAGCUUCCUCUGGAGCUAUUUCCAAAUGCCACACCGGCAACAGCUCAGUGACACAUGGUAACAGAAGCCAGUUAGGAUCCCGAGAAAUGCCUCCGCAGGCUUCUCCAUCUUCACCCACCACCUCCUCAUCCUGGGAAUCUGGCUCUCCCAAAAAACACCCAACCUCUCCAGAGUACAGAUCCUCGUUUUCUCCAAGGCCAGACCAACGUGGCUCAUUCAGAAGGGAGUCCUUUGUUGUUGAUGCAGAUGUGUUUAGGUAUGCAGACCGGAUCAGGAAAAAAGACAUUGAAGGCAUCGUAAACAGCCACAAUGUUACAAUGGAAGUGCUUGAAGUUGGUGAUAGCUUCAAGAUCACUUUACUGGGCAAAAGCGUGGGAAUAGCUGUUGGUAAACUACAGAGCCUCCUGUAUGAGCUCAACAAAUCACUGCGCACACAGGAAGUUCCUCUGAAGGACGUGGUUCGCGAAGGCUUGGCUCUUUUAGAAAGAAUUCACAAAGACAAAAACAUUUACAAUUUAGUGCUUGUUUGUCAGUUUAAUGACAAACUUCACCUGAUAGGCCCGUCUGGCGAGAGCUACGAGUUAAAACGGAGGCUGAUGGGUGACCAGUCAGGACGUACAGGCAGGACACCCUCCAGGAGGAGGAGCAGCUCGCUUCCACCAAUCAGAAACAAGAACACAGAUAGAGAUAGCGGUGCCACCGCUUAUCCAUCUCCUGUUGUAGCUGCAGGUUACUCUCCGUUGAAGUACCGGGAUGAUAAACGGGGAGGUGCUGAGCCGGAGCGGGGAGCCACUGCUAGUUUUGGUCCAGGUGGAGCUUUGAGGGGAAGAAGCAACUCUGAGUCCCGCGGAAAACCCCGGGCAGAAAGCAGAAAUGUGCAAGAGGUAGUAACCAAACCUCCUAAAUCACCCAAGAAAGCCUUAAUGCAAAUUAUACCAGAAGGUAUAAAGAAAAAAUUCAAAUCUAUGGGAAAAUAAAAAACAUAACUGACAUAUUAUCGGUUAUGUUCAUGAAGGUAGACAGACUGGGACAAUCUAAAACGCUUAAUGUGAAAACGCUUAACAGGGUUUAAUGGACCUAAACAACAAUCAGUGAUCACCAAAUUUCUCUAAUAUUGCUCCUCAUAACCCUUGAAAGCUGUCAAAAAUUCAAACACAAAGUCCAAUUAUUAUGGACGUUAUCUGACGUUAAGAAUUGUAUUCAUUGACGCCUGUAGGAAACAGCUUAACAUACCUAAACCACGAUCAGUGAUCACUAAAUUUAUCUCUCAUUUUGCUCCUCAUAACCACUGGAAACUGUCAAAAAAUCGAAAGUUAAUUUGUUACAUUGUGACAUUAAGCAUUUUUGUUUCAUUAGAACCUAUUGUAAGUAUGCACUGAAACAGUUUUUUUUUUAAUUCUUAGUAAUGUUUUCUGUACCAUGUCAUAUGUGUUAUUUGUAUAAUUGAAUUACAGAUUUGAGUAUGCAUUGGCAUGGUGUUGUAGAGUAUAGCCUGAUUGAUACUGGAUUUAUCGGACCAAUGGCAUUACCAAAAUUUGAGCUCUAAAGUAAAAAGUUUGACAUUUUUGGGAAUUAGGCUACAGUUUAAUGCUUUCCUGCCUAUAGUUAAAAUGUAUGAUUAAUAUCACUCAUGUGUACAGUAAAUAGGAAGCUAUUGUCAGCAGCGUGUUAGCUUAGAAUAUAUUCUAUAUAUCUUAUUAACCAACAUACUUUGUAUCUAUGCUGAGCUACAAUUAGCCAAUAAUAUCAGCUAAAUAACUAUUGUUGAAGGGUAAAGUUGAACAGUGAGAUUGAUGAAUGUCAUGUGGUGCAAUUUACUGAUUUACAGUGACACUGUAUUGUUAAUAUCAAUCAUACUCAAAAAUAAUAACCUCUGCAUAAUAUUAACAUUAUGAAACUUUAUGUUAUUUACACGUUUGGUUGACAUCUCUCGCACAAUAGUGUUUUAUCAGCACUGUAAAUGCUGCUGAUAAACUGAAUGGCUGACAUAUCUCACAUAAAUGGUAAAAAACGAGGAAUAAUAUGGCAAUGUAUCAAACAAAUAAUGGACUUUAAAAAACAAUAACAAUAAAGUAUAGUAGUAUGUUUUUUUUGAAGGAUCUUUGGGUUGUAAUUAAAUGUGAUUAUGAGAUUUAUGUUUGAUAUAUGUGAGUUUGUUACAUUGGGCAUCUGGGACCAAGUGUCAGUGGAUGUUUCUGUUGAUGUUGUUUGUUACUGCAACACCUGAACGCAACAUCUAGAUGGAGACAGAAACAGACUUGAGAGGAAGCGUGAGCGGGAAGUGAAACAACCUCUGACAGUCGACUGAGCUCAGGCGGACAGAGGAAGUACUAAUGGCUAAUGAGGAUCUAACAGGCAAGUGUAUUUAUGGAAAGAGAUGUUUGGAUGGACACUGUUGACUUUAGAUAGUACAAAACAGACUUUAGGUUAAGCAUAAAAAAAGAACAGGCUGUCGAAGACACAGAUCCCUCUACACGAGGUACGUGUUUUGUAUUAAUACAAAUAUUUUCUAUGGUUUGAUGGUAAAGUCCCUUUACUCAUUUUCCAAUCAAUGCUUGUAUCAAGUAUGAUUAGAGACCAUUUAAACAGG